AAUAUCCCGUCGAAAGGCCGAAUUCUAAAAUAAUGGCGGAAGCCAAUCCACUUCGGGGAUUUCCUCGAAUCCGAAGGACUGCGACCUCUAUCCCAGGUAACCUCCACCUGAUCUUGGUGCUGAGGCCCACUAGUCUCCUCCAGCGCACCACCCCCUCUGGCAGCACUGACAUUGGCUUCCGCUUCAGUCAGGAUGACUUCGUCCUCAAGAUGCCUGUCAUCGGACUCAGCUCUGUCAGUGACCUUCUCCACUACCUUGAUGAGCACCACCUUUCAUCUGACUUUGAUGGAAAACUGGAUUAUUGCCAUAGUGACUGGUUUGUUUUAAAAACGGCUAUUGAGACUUUUGCAGUGACAGUAAAGGAGAUAGCCCAGCUGCUGCAGGCCUUUGGCACAGAGCUGGCUGAGAUCAAGCUUCCAGAUGAGGCCAAUGCCAUCGAGUACCUCCUCACCGCUCACACAGACAAGUACCGCCAGAUGAAGGAUGAGAUCAGGUCUGUCAUCAAAGAGGGCCGCCAGUUGCAGACCAACCUGGAGGCCUCCAAACCACCAGAGGGCAAUGCUGCAGAGGAAAGAGAUGCAGAGCAGGACAGGGGUACGGUGCAAAGACUCUUGGCACAGCUGCGGGACAUGGAGAUGGCCUUUGAUGAAUUCUUCGAGAAGCACCACCUGAAGCUGCAGCAGUACCUUCAACUGUUAAGAUACGAGCAAAGCUUUCACGAAAUGGAGCUGGUGCUGGAGCAGCUCUAUAGUCAGGAGAGGGCCAUUCCCUCUGUGGGUGUGACGGUGGGCCAGGCAGAGCAGCUGUUCUCAGACCUGGAGGCAUUGGAUGCCCGAGCAGAGGACGAGAUGUGCCGUGCCCAGAUCAUCAUCCUCCACGGGCAUCAGCUGGCUACCAGUCACCACUACGCCCUGGCGCUGAUUGUCCAGCGCUGCAACGAGCUGCGCCACCGCUGUGACGUGCUCACCACCUCGCUGCGGGCCAAGCGCGCCUCCCUCACUCGUGUCAGGGACCUGCUGAUCUGCCUGGAGGAGGUAACGUCCUGGUGUGAUCAGGGGGCCUAUCUCUUGGCCAAUCAGCUGGUAGAUAGGUUCCAGUCUAAAGAGGGGGCUCAGAUGGCGCUGCUUGACCUGGACAGACUCUUGGAGCGGGCGCCCUCCGUCUUCAGGUCCGGCCCUGACGUUCUCAGCCUGGAGUUCCAGGCUAUUCUGACGCCCCAACUGGAGUAUCUUAUGUCCCUCCACCAGUCCCAGAUAACUGCAGCCGCUGAGAAGCUGUCUGCAGUGCGCGGAAUGAUCCAGAACAGGCAGGCCUGCCUGAGGAAGCUGGCCGACGUGCAGACCCGGCCAAUCCAGCUGGUGGCCCCGCGGCCCGAGAACUCCCCGAGCUGCAAAUCACCGCUCUUCUCACCCAAGCACAGUGUUGACUUUAAUUCCACCUUAAAGUUCUCCUUUGAUCUUUCCUUGCCUGGUAAAAGAGGAUCUCGGAAAAGCCCAAGCACAAAGAAGAUUGAAGUCAUGCAUGACUAUGAGGAGAACAGGACCUCCAUGUCCUUUGGACCGGAGGGAGAGGAGAACCCACUGCAGAAGCGACGACAUGUGAUCAAGGAGUUGAUUGACACAGAGAGAGUCUACGUGGACGAGUUGCUGUCUGUGUUGCUGGGCUACAGAGCUGAGAUGGAUAACCCAGCCCUCUCCAGCCUCCUGCCAGCUACCCUGCGCAACAAGAAAGACGUCCUGUUUGGAAACAUGGCAGAGAUCUACAAUUUCCACAGCAGAAUUUUCCUGCAAGAUCUGGAAAGUUGCCUGGAGAUCCCAGAAAGAGUUGGGGCUUGUUUUCUGGAGAGGACCGAGAACUUCAAGGUGUACGAGCGGUACUGUCAGAAUAAACCUCGCUCUGAAUCACUAUGGAGACAGAGCUCUGACUCUGUAUUUUUCCAGGAAUGUCAGAAAAAGCUCGACCAUAAACUGCGAUUAGACUCGUACCUACUCAAGCCUGUUCAACGGCUGACUAAAUACCAGCUUCUACUGAAGGAGCUCUUGAAGCACAGUGCCAACUCUGAUCACACCAGUGAACUGCAGGGGGCACUCAAUGCCAUGUUGGAUCUCCUCAAGUCAGUCAACGACUCCAUGCACCAAAUCGCCAUCACAGGUUAUGAGGGCGAGCUCAGCGACCUGGGCCGCAUUCUCAUGCAGGGCUCCUUUAACGUGUGGAUCAACCACAAGAAGGGCUCCACGCGCAUGAAGGACCUGGCCCGCUUCAAGCCCAUGCAGAGGCACCUGUUCCUGCACGAGCACGCGCUGCUCUUCUGCAAGAAGCGGGAGGAGAACGGCGAGGGGAAUGAGCGCACCUCCUACAGCUUCAAACACUGCCUGCGGAUGAGUGCUGUGGGCAUCACAGAGAAUGUCAAAGGAGACAUCAAGAAGUUUGAGCUAUGGUACAGCGGCAGAGAGGAGGUCUACUUAAUCCAGGCCCCAUCAGUGGAGGUGAAGAUGGCCUGGCUGACUGAGAUCAGGAAGAUCCUCACUAAUCAGCGACUUGCUCAAGAUGAAGGUCACACCUGUGUGGUGGCAGAGGGUGUAAUAGACAGUCUGGCACGUGUUUCGGUGUGCAUGCCCUGGAGCCCCAGCCAGAUCGCGGGCUGCUCAGCUUGUUUUGAUGUCCUUCCUAACAGCAAGCUGCAGGGGGCCUCAGUCAGCUCCGAGGAGACUGAGUCAGGCCGCACCAGCCCGGUUCUGACGGACCCUGUCAUCUUCUCACCCCGGCGGCAGCAGAACCGUUGCAGCUGGCAUGGUACCUCCAACUCAGAUAUCUGUGAGGGUCUGGAGGACUGGACCACUGAUCUGUCCAACCUGUCCGAGUCUGAUGAGGAUGAGGUGGCUUCUCUGCUGGUCCCUGGGCGGUACAGGGCGGUGGUAGAGGGCCGUCAGACGGGACCUGACGACCUGCUGAUUAAACAUGGUGAUGUCCUUCAGCUGGUGCAGGAAGAUAGAGAUGGCCUGUGGCUGGUAAAGAACAUCACUCGAGGGGAGGAAGGCCGAGUUCCACCUUACAGUCUGCUGAGGAUUCUGGGAGAGACCGGUUAUUUCACCCGCCAGGGCGGUGAGUUUUGGUGAGAGAGGGACAUGGUAAGUGUGAAGUCCAGAAAGCUCAGCCCCUGAAGAAGCCUUUUGGAAGACCACAGAACACCCAUAAAUCUUCAACAGGCCCCCCGGAGAUCCUCAACAUUCAGCACAAAGACCUCAGCAUUCCAAAGUCCUCUGUCCUAAAUCACUCUGUCAGUCUCACUGUCUAAACCAGCCAUUUAUCAAGGGACAGGACAUGAGUGGUUACUGUAUAUGUAACAGACAUGAUUCAGCCCUAUUGGGCAGAGGGGUUUAUGGAUUGGACUGAAGGACAGGCAUCGACUCUCUACAGAUCCAGAAUCAGUAUCCCUCACAAGGAUCCACCAGUGAUAAUACAGUGGGAUUAAAAACAAACCUUUCUCAAACAUUUGUCAAAGUAGGUCAGUCUGUCAAGCACAAUGUAAAACAUAGGUCAGUAUUCUGCCUGACCUAAAGUGAGCCUGAUUGUUUGGCAUCGGGCAUCUUCUCAUGACCACCCAGUGCCGUGUGUUUCUCACACAGAAGCCUCGGUUUCCAUGGUUAUCGAGCAACGGGCCGACCCCCUGCUGACUGUGAUGUUGGCCCAGUGGUAGUAGGCCUCUUCAUGCGAGUUAUGGGUGAGAGUUUUUAAUGAUUUCAGAACAGACAGGUCUCUGCAAGAUAUUGAUGAUGCACAGCUAUUUUCUUACUGUAUGUACAGAGUGUAAACUAUGGGAGGGACUCUGAUAUGUGUUAUAUUGUACACAACACAUUUGCAUAACAUCUGUCUGAGUAUAUGUGCCAAAAAACUACAAAGUCCAUGUUUCCCCCCGAACCGCCACUUUUAUAAGGCUGUUGUUUCAUUACGCUGCUUAGCUUAAAGAGCACAUGAUAUGCAUUUGUGGACGUAAGUGGGGUCUUAAAAAUAUAGCCUUCACUCGGUAACUAUGGUGAUGCUUUAUUCUGCUUGCAAUCACAAUUCCGCAUGAUGCAAUCGUAGCCAUGAGGUGCUUUCUCUUGCUGCACACCCCAUGUUUGCCUCAUUCUGCACAGCACUUUGGUUUGGUAGGUUUAAGCUUUGCCAGAGCCUUAACACAAUUCAGAAGCUUCCAUUGUAUUCAAAACUGAUACUGUGACCGAUUGAUUGGACGCAGUUCUGUUCUGUUGUACUCCAAUGAAAGGUCAUAUUACUGGUUUUGAGAAGCAAUGAAUUCCUUGCAUAAUGUUUUAAGUCAUUUGAAAUGUAUGUAUUGUAGUAGAUGAGAGUUUCUGCUGCACAAACUGAGACUUCAGAACAGCAAAUGCCAAUGUGUUGUUUAUAUGAGAGCAAUGUAUUUUUAGUUAUGUAAAUUGAGGAAGAGGUCUCAUGUGAAUAUCCCAAAAAUAUCAAAAAGAAAUAUAUUCGCACAGCAACAAAAUAGAGGAUUUUUCUUUAUUUUUUUUCUCUUGAUUGAAUUAUUUUUUAAUUAAAUAAAUAUCAUCAGUCUUUAAGGAA